AUAUAUAUAUAUAUAUAUAUAUAUAUAUAUGUAUGUAUUUGUAUAUGUAUGUAUAUAUAUGUAUGCAUAUAUUUCAGUCAGAUAUAUUAUUCGUAAGCAUUACAUUUUUAAAGUUGAAGGUCGACAAUCCAACUUCAGCUGGCAAAGAGAACCAUAGUCACAGGAAAAUGUAGUACAACCUCGGACGCUCACUAAAUCUAUCGCAAUUACUCGUGGCGACAUGUGAAAAUGAUUACUUAACAAUUCAUCUUAUUGUUUCCCAUUUUUUUGCUGCUGCAACAGACAGUGAGUGUCUUAAUAGAUUGGGAAUAAACAAAUGUUCCCACAAAACGGAAAAAGAAUAACAAAGCAAAACCGAUAAGGAAAAAGGUGUAUGUAUCACAGCAUUUGAAUUCCCUAAUCCAAGAGUGUAUUCUAGUCUCAUUUGGUAAAAACUUGUGUUUCGGUAGCUGUGGCGAAUGCAGUUAUGGAGAUUCUGCACAAAUCGCAAUGGCCUAUAGAGCGCCUUUUACCAAAAGAGGAAAUCUUAGAAGAAAAGAUUCCAGAAAAGGUACCCAAAAAUAUUCAUAGUACAGAAAAGCUUCGUAGACGGAAUCUAAUAUUUGACGAGGAGCAUUUUGAAGAUGUUUUCCUGCGAUGUCUUAUAUGCAGAGAAGUAUUUAAUGAAUCAGAAAAACUGCCCAAGACACUACCAUGCCACCACUCGUUCUGUUUGCACUGUUUCUUGCAAAUGUUCCGCGUUGAAGGAGAAUAUCGACAGUCAUUGAGCUCAGCUUUCCGAAGUAUGCCACGGGCUGUUAAAAUCCAAUGUCCUUCAUGUCGAGAUAGUAUAAUCGCUUCAGAAGAUGACUUACGUCGAUUGCCGAACGACCACACUGUGCUAGAGUUGAUUAACUUUGUACGGGAAACCGGCAUCAACGAUAUAUCAUACUGUGCCAAACACCAACUGCAGCCUCUCAACUUCUUUUGUGAGCCGUGUGCAAUCCCCGUGUGCUGUGACUGUACCGUCCUGGACCACAAAAACACAAACGGGCACAACGUAAUGAACAUAACGGAGGCCCUCAGUAAAUACACACCAAUUAUCAAUGACACAAUUACUGAAAUGGAGAAAAGUAAGCAGGAAUAUCUCUUCAAAAGAGCUCAAAUCGAGCAGUCAAUGAAACAUUUGAGCCAAAUGGAAACACAGGUAACUGACGAAAUUAAAUUGACCUUUCAAAAGCUACGUCAUAUGAUUGACGAAAGGGAGCGCGAUAUUUUGUCCAUGUCCGAGCAGGAAAUGAAUCGGAAACGUCAAAAUCUCAUGGACAAUUUUAAGAAGAUAAUAGAGCGUGAAGAAUGUAUGAUGGAUCAAAUGAAAGAGUUAGAAAUAGCCAAAGAAGCAAAUGACAUAAGUCAGAUGUUUACGUCACAUCAAGCAGCGCAAAACACUCUCUCAACUCCGCUUCAACUUCCGCACAUCACAAACGAUAACUUUGGUGUGUCGUUUCACUUUGAAGCCUAUAAACAUCGACGAGUGAUGCAGGAUCUCCUGAACUUUGGACAUUUAAUGGUAUUGUCCUCUUAAUUGAUCUGCUCAUUUCACUUCUAUACGUUUAUAGAACUAACGGCAAAUUUAUCAGUUAUUUUCUUUUAACUAAUUACAAAAAUGCCUCACAGAGUCAUAUCUGUGUGUGUUUGUACAUGUCUGUGGUGUGACAUUCUGGUGAAAGUAAUUUAUUGGUGUGAGAUUGUAAAAAUUAGUAAUCACUGAACUUUAGAAAUGGUCGUCACAGUUUAGUAGAGUUUGUAACACAACGACAGGAAAUCAUUUGUGGCUGAGUGAAAUCACUGAUUCAACGUAAUUAGCGAUUAACUGUAAUUGACGAUGAGAGAUGACAGAUAUUUUUGAAGAGAGAGAGUGAGAGAGAGAGAAAGAGAGAGAGAGAGUGAAAGAGAGAGAGAGAGAGAGAGAGUUAGAGAGAGAGAGAGAGAGAGAGAGAGAGAGAGAGAGAGAGAGAGAGAGAGAGAGAGAGAGAGAGAGAGAGAGAGAGAUAAACGAGGUAGGAAGGGAGUUAGAAAGAGAGAAACGAGUGAGGAAGAGAGUUAGAAAGAAAGAAAGAGCCGUUGUAAGUAUUGAAGUAAAAUAAUGUAAAAUAAUGUAAGUUUAUAGUCUAAAAGGCAGGAAAAGCGUAGCAAAAGAGAAAAAUGUCCACUAAAACAAUCCUCCUAUUUCCUUUCCCCUUGUGAAAGCUUUCUGAGAUAGAUCAAAAUGAAAUGAAAGAGGGUUGUAAAAUAAGAGCUGCGAUUUGUUUGGAUGGUUUAACUUUGGAGAUGAUGCAAAGAAAAAUACGUUUGGUAAUUUUCCUUUGUUUCUUGUAAGAAAGAGUAAGGAACUGCCUGAUAGUACUGAACAUGAAAUUGAGCUUAAAUGAUCUGUAAUUGUGUUAAAAGAAAUACCGUAUCGGUUCUAAAUGUUUUUCUCUCACUUCUAUCAUUAAAGUCACAGAAGUGUGUGUUCACUAGUAAUAGAUUUUUUUUUAUCGUAAGUUGCUUUAGAUGUGGUAUUUCUACAGUAAAAAUAUUUUCGAUUAUAUUUAUACAAAUUUAUUGCUAUUAUCUAGCGAUAAACUUGACUAAGCUGAAGAUACAAAAGUGUAUAAAACAAAAGAAAGUGGAUAUGGAAGUGGUAUUUAACUCACUGGGGAAGACUGUUACUGAAUGUAAUGAAUGAAAUAUUUUGAUGAAUGCUUUCUGUUUUGUUUGUGUCAGAUAUUAUCUGCAUAAAAAGGAAGCAGAAACAUAAAACAACACGGAAACCCCUGACUGAAAAAGAGCAGUUGCACAGUGUCUUUUUUUUUUUCUUUUUGCUGUAGACUCUUGUAGCUUUUCUCAUUUUAACUCGAAGUUUACAAGAGGCAGAGUCGAACAACUCAGGAAAAAUGUCAUAGACCGAAUCAGAUAUAAGAUCUACCUACACAGUUUUGAAGAAAAAUGCGCACAUUUUACUCCCAAAACUGAUACUUAUGUUUUAAUCUAUUUUUUUUUAUACGGGGGACCGAAGUCUAAAAAUGGCAACAACUACAAAUUCAACGUGUCCCGCACCCUUAUGUGAAUAAACUAAUAAGUAAGCAAGGGGACGAGUAAAGCAAGCGUUAUAUAUGAUAAAGAAUUUAUUGAGCCAAGACAAUCAUGUUUUUCUUCCUACAACUAAACCACACUUUGUCUAGUUCCUAUUCUCAAACGCGAAACUUCAAAACAAUAUUAUUUAUCCAUCUGUAUAUCUCUUGAAUAAUUUUUUUCUCAGCGGAAAUUUUCUCAAAGAGUAUGCAUUUACACUUUUAAUGUAGAUCUCUUGGCAUAAGUCCGCUGUUACUUUUCCUCCCCAUUGUAUUCUUUCUUUUUAUUUCGAUCCCAUUAUAUCCCCCAUCCUAAAAUUCAACGCUAUACCAAUCAUCUGAGUAAAAACUGCAUCCUCCUGAUGAGAACUUCUAACUAAAAACUGAUAUUAAACAUUUCAAUCCA